AAAGUUCUUAGAAAAAGUUUUGUGGUCCCGUUUCAUACCCAGUCAAUUUCAAAAAUUGACAGUUGUAUUUUACUUUACAAGCUUUUUAAGUCAUCAGCUACCCUUUUGUGGAUUCUUAGGAGUUGCUUUUCAGCCAGUGAUAUAUUCUAUGUGUCUGCCUGAGCACUCUGCCACUUGUAGAAACUCUUAGUUCCUUUAACAUUUGUCCCAAUCUCAAAUUAUGCCAGAAAAUCUAUUUCUCCCUUUAUGCCACUGCAUCAACAUACUCUGCUAUGAAUUAAAGAUCAGACAAAAAGCCUGAAAUGCAGAAAAGGGAGAAUCUGAAAAGAAAGACAAAAUCUGGAGAAAGCAGGAGGAGCCUUUGGGGCUCACUUUGAAGAGCUGAGGUGCCAAACAGCUGAGCUGUAAAGGUGGGAUUGUACAGUUGCUGUAACCUAGCUACUGCCAGAGCAUCUGCUGGAAUUUGGAAGUGGCAGGGACUCAUGUGACAAGAAAUUAUUGCUUUAGGUAAUAGAAUCCUUAUUUGUUAAUAGCAGUUCAGAUUGAAACACGCCUUAAACUAUCUGUGGUGUGAUUGUCACUGUUUCCCUUUGUGUAUUUCAGUAUGGCAAGGCUUCAGUGAUGGAUGAAGAGAAACAGAUUUGAAGUGAUAGAUAAAUAGAUUUUGUCCAGGUUGUCUAAAUAGUUUGCACUUUGCUUUAGACAUCUGGGACCAUGUUCUAUGCCCACUUUGUCCUGAGCAAACGUGGGCCGCUGGCCAAAAUCUGGCUGGCAGCCCACUGGGACAAGAAGCUGACCAAAGCCCAUGUGUUUGAAUGUAACCUGGAGAGCAGCGUGGAGAGCAUCAUUUCCCCAAAGGUGAAGAUGGCACUUCGAACCUCAGGACAUCUUUUGCUAGGUGUUGUUAGAAUCUACCACAGGAAAGCAAAAUAUCUUCUUGCAGACUGCAAUGAGGCUUUCAUUAAGAUUAAGAUGGCUUUUCGUCCAGGAGUUGUUGAUUUGCCUGAGGAAAACAGAGAGGCUGCUUAUAAUGCUAUUACCUUACCUGAGGAGUUUCACGAUUUUGACCAACCGCUCCCUGAUCUAGAUGAUAUUGAUGUGGCUCAGCAGUUCAGUUUGAACCAGAGUAGAGUGGAAGAAAUUACAAUGAGAGAAGAAGUAGGCAACAUCAGUAUCCUCCAGGAUAAUGACUUUGGUGACUUUGGGAUGGAUGAUCGUGAGAUGAUGAGAGAAGGUGGUAGUGCAUUUGAGGAUGACAUGCUGGUGAGCACAAGUGCUUCCAAUCUCCUCCUGGAACCUGAACAGAGCACCAGUCACCUCAACGAGAAAUCUAAUCACCUGGAGUAUGAAGACCAAUACAAAGAUGAUAAUUUUGGGGAAGGAAAUGAUGGUGGAAUAUUGGAUGACAAACUUCUUAGUAAUAAUGAUGGUGGCAUUUUUGAUGACCCACCUGCACUCUCAGAAAGUGGAGUAAUGAUGCCAGAGCAGCCUCCCCACGAUGAUAUGGAUGAUGAUGAUAAUGUGUCAAUGGGAGGCCCGGACAGCCCCGACUCGGUGGAUCCCGUGGAGCCGUUACCAACCAUGACUGACCAGACAACGCUCGUCCCCAAUGAGGAGGAGGCCUUUGCUCUGGAGCCUAUUGACAUAACUGUCAAGGAAACCAAAGCAAAGAGGAAAAGAAAGCUGAUUGUGGACAGUGUGAAAGAACUGGACAGCAAGACUAUUCGAGCCCAAUUAAGUGACUACUCUGAUAUUGUCACUACUUUGGAUUUGGCACCUCCUACCAAGAAAUUGAUGAUGUGGAAAGAAACCGGUGGAGUUGAAAAGCUUUUCUCUCUGCCUGCACAGCCUUUGUGGAAUAACAGACUACUGAAGCUCUUUACUCGCUGUCUUACACCUCUGGUACCAGAAGACCUGAGAAAGAGGAGGAAAGGUGGAGAAGCUGACAAUCUUGAUGAAUUCCUUAAAGACUUUGAAAACCCAGAGGUUCCCAGAGAGGAGCAGCAACAGCAGCAGCAGCAACGAGAUGUCAUUGAUGAACCUAUCGUGGAAGAGCCGAGCCGUCUGCAGGAGUCGAUGAUGGAGGGCAGCAGAACCAACCUGGACGAGUCGGUGAUGCCACCGCCGCCCGCCCAGACCGGGGUCAAACGCAAACUGCAGCAAGUGGAGCCAGAGCCAGUGUUACCUCAUCCACCAUCACAACAACUGGAAAUACCACCUGUAGAAAUGCCUCCAGAGGAGCCCCAAAACAUCUGCCAGCUAAUACCAGAGCUAGAACUUCUGCCAGAAAAAGAGAAGGAGAAGGAAAAGGAGAAAGAGGAGGAGGAGGAAGAAGAAGAGGAAGAUGGCACAGGGGGUGAUCAGGAUCAAGAAGAAAGGAGGUGGAACAAGAGGACUCAACAAAUGCUCCAUGGCCUUCAGAGAGCUCUUGCUAAGACUGGAGCAGAAUCCAUCAGUUUGCUUGAGCUGUGCAGAAAUACGAAUAGAAAACAAGCAGCUGCAAAGUUCUACAGUUUCCUGGUACUGAAAAAGCAGCAAGCUAUAGAGCUGACACAGGAGGAGCCCUACAGUGACAUCAUUGCCACCCCUGGUCCCAGGUUUCACAUUAUCUGAAUGGUUCCCUGGGGCAGAGCUCGUGCUCCUCUCACCAGUGCGUGUGUAUUGCCCUGUCUGCAGGGCCCACAAGACCAUUGCAGAAAAUUUAGAUUUUAUUGUCUGUAUAAAGUCCUUGGUUUUCUCUUGGGGUUAUUUUGGGGUUUGGAUUUUAACUUUACCACUCAAAUUUUUAGUGAAACUGCUGGCUGGGUUGGGUGACUUGAGUUCCAGCUGCAGAAACCAGACAUCUCAAGCACCCAGAUAAAGAUUGUUUUAGCAGCUCAGAGCAGAUGUGUGCAAUAUUGGUGCAUGUGAUGUUGAGUAUCAAUGAAAAUGUCUUACAAUAAUUUCACUAGUUGAUUCAGUAGAGAUAUUUUUAACCUAUACAAGUAAAUCUGAAUGGCCAACCUUUUGUCUGAUUAAAAACUUUGCCAAACUCAUCUGAAAUGUUCGGUCUGCUUCUCGUAGUAGUAGUUUUUUCUCCCCUUCUCUCGAUCUUUGUGCAUACUGUGGGUCUCUUAAAGCUGCCAAUAUGAAAGGUAGUGCCUGAUAUGUCAGCUUGCUGCGUCACUGCAUUUUUGCAGUCAGAUUUUUGUAGCCCUUGAUGCUAAGGGGAAACGAGUGUCUGUGGAAAGCACUUCCUCUAUGUGAUACACGAAAGGACAGAACAUGUGAAGCGUUUUAGACUAAACAUUCCUUGUCACUUAUCACCUUGUUAUGGUCCACUACUGAUAAUGGCUAAUUACUGUUAACAAGUGACAAAUGAAAACUAGUAAUGUCAUUUAACCAUUUAAGAAAUCAUAAUGCUUUAGAUUUGUUAGAGCUGUAUAUAAACUCCAGACUUUUUAAAACAGACUUCUAGAUUGUAAAUUAUCUGAUUUUUUUAUUAAGCAAGCAUCCGACAGUAAGAAGAAGAAAAAUUGCUAAAAUCAGAUACCACCUGUACCAAAAGGGCAACAAACUUUGAAUAUAGAGUACAGAUGGGCACAAUUCCACUUAAUUGUGUAGUGUAUUAAUGGCUCUUUGGAUAUAUUUAUGGUUUUAGUGUCAAUUUUUUCUGAUAAUGUACACUCCCGUGUUCAAAACGUUUUAUCAGUUUUGCGAAAGAAGUCCGGUUUGAUUUUUAUUUCUAAAGAAUGAAGCUUUACUGUUAGACCAGGUAGCACCAGAAAUUAUGUGAAUAUGUUGAUUAUGGAGACCUGUCUUAACUUUUUUUAGGGCAAAAUUAUUCACAGUGAAGGUUCUGGUUUUAAUGUUGGCACUUUUGUGAAAUAAUUUUGGGACUCUUAAAUUUCAGUGUAUACUCAACUGUAAAAUUAUGUGAAUGUUUAAAGAACUCUGAGACUACAUGAUGACCAUGUUUUACUAAUCCUUGGAAAAGUUAAUUGUAUAAAGUUACUGCAGCUUUAUUUUCAACAUGAUGUGCCUGUAAAACCAUAAUUUUCUCCUUUGUAAAAAGAGACAUUGUAGAUAACUUGAAUGUUUAAUUAUAGAAAAGGUCAUUAGUUUCUUGUUACACAUUUUUAGUCUGUUUUUGUUGCUUUUCAAAGUUAAUAUUCUUGAAAAUAGUUGAUGCUGUUAUGUAUAACUUUUCUAAUAAAAGUUGUGUUAUAAGCUGUUA